AUGUUUUGUUGUUUCUUUUCUCAAGCAAAUUCAAUAAGUUUAUCAAGACUUAAUGCUAUUAUUGGAUCUUCAAAUAGUACUUUGAUGUCCAAUUAUCUUAUAACUGGAAAAUACCUUAAAUCUCCAUUGAUCACAGAUAUUCCACGUUUUGACCAACGAAAUCUUCAGUUAAACAAAUUUAACUUCUUCAAGCUUCCCCAACCAGUUAUUUCCGCAAAGACAAAUAUGAAUUUAGUCGUUUCGAAAUCAAGUUUUGUAAAUUCGAUGUCUCCCAUUCGCUUAAAUUCCCUUGAUAGAUCCAAAUAUAAACCAUUUACACAAAGAAAAGAAAGAAAGAACGCAAUUCUUACCCUCAGAGAUGUUCUUUUCGAUUUUUGCUCAUCCGUUUCGGAAGAUGGUGGCUCUUUAUACUGUGCGGACUGCCAAGUCACAAUUACAGAUGUCGAGUUUGUUUCAUCAACUGGCCAGAUGGGAGGCGGAUUCUUUGCCAGAAACUCAAAAAUUUCAAUGACCGGUACAUCUUUCUUCAAAUGCAUUGCUAAGACAGAAGCCGGUGGUUUCAUGGCCAAGGAAUGCGAGAAUGUCCAGAUGUCUAGAUGCUACAUCGUUGCAAACAGCGCUGAAUCUAAACAUGGCGGAUUCCUCAUUACCCAUGCAGUUAUCAAAUUAACAGAAAACUACAUACAUGAAAACACCGCUGUCCGUAGCUAUGGCGGUGCUUCAUUCGAUCAUGUUACAGGCGAAAUCAACCAAUGCAAGUUUGUUGAUAACAAAUCAGACAAUGAUAACGGCGGAACAGCAUUUUAUACCAUGGAAACUGCUGGUCUCUUAUUCCUUGAGUACUGCACAUUCGGCGGAGAUACAACAAACUUUAUCUUGGCCGCUUCAACAGCAGGUAUCACAAUUUCGGAAUGCUGCUUCAGUAGACCGAAGAAGGAAUCAAUUAUCAUUGAACAAGGACCAACAGGAUCAACAGAAGAAACAACUCCAAGAUUAUACAACAAUUACUUCAAUGGUAUGUGCGGUCCAGCACCAAAGCUUCCACCACGCUUCUAUAAGGAAAUUUUCCACCACCCAGAAACCGCUCCUGUCAUUGAAUGGUGGAAAUUGUACUCAGGACUCGCAAUUUUCAUCCUUAUAUUAGGUAUAAUGGCAUUUACCAUUCCUUCUGUAUUCUUCCCACUUGCUGUACGCGGAGCUCAUCGCAAAGGCGAUUCAAAGAACACAAAAUAA